AUGGAUCAUACGUGGAAGAUAAUUAUUUUCACAAUUUUAACUUCAAAUGUUCUUACAAUUAUUGGUACUGAAAUCGAAGGAUAUGUUGUUUAUUGUCCAUGUAUGGGUAGAUUUGGGAAUCAGGCUGACCAUUUUUUAGGGGCCUUAGCAUUUAGUAAAGGCAUAAAUAGGACUUUAGUAUUGCCACCAUGGGUUGAGUACAGGUAUGGUGAAAUGAAAUCGAUUCAAGUUCCAUUUGAUACAUAUUUUAAUGUUAAUUCACUAAAAGAUUAUCAUCGGGUAGUAACAAUGGAAUAUUUCAUGAAAAAUAUUGCAUUAGAUAUAUGGCCUUCUCAUAAAAGGAUCUCAUUUUGUUACACUCAAAGAAUAGGGGAAAUAGAAAACAGUUGUAAUGCUAAAUCCGGAAAUCCUUUUGGUCCUUUUUGGGACACAUUUAAUAUAGAUUUUGUAAAAUCAGAAUUUUAUGGACCGCUCACUUAUGAUGCAUACAAUGUGAACAUGAUGGAAAUGUGGAAAAAUAAAUAUCCCUCAUUACAGUGGCCGGUACUAGCUUUUACUGGAGCCCCAGCAAGCUUUCCAGUUCAAUGGGAAAAUGUACAUUUACAACGCUACAUAACUUGGAACAGUGAUAUUCUUAAUAGAACUAAAUUGUUUAUUAAAAACAAUUUUAAGGGUGGCGGAUUUUUGGGUAUACAUUUGAGGAAUGGACAAGAUUGGGCGAAAGCCUGUCAACAUGUAGCUGACAGUCCCAAACUAUUUUCAGCCCCACAAUGUGUUGGAUAUAAAAAUGAAAGAGGGAAACUAACAUCUUCAAUGUGCCUUCCACAAAAAAGUGAAAUAAUCAAACAAGUUAAAAGGGCUCUUAAAAAAUACAAGGAUAUUAAAUAUAUUUUUGUAGCAUCAGAUUCUAAUCACAUGACUGAAGACUUUGAGGUUGCACUUCGCUAUUCAGAUGUCCGUGUACAAAGAUUGAAACCAAGCAAUCCUCACCUUGAUUUAGCAAUCCUAGGUCACGCCAACUAUUUUAUUGGUAAUUGUGUUUCAUCAUUUACUGCGUUUGUUAAGCGAGAAAGAGAUGUCAAAGGAUUGCCUUCAGAAUUCUGGUCAUUUCCUGAGAGAAAAAAAAAUAAACAUGAAGAACUUUGAUAGACUUAUUCUAUAUUUAAUUAAUUAUUAGUACUAAAAUUAAAAAUAUAUUGAAUAUUGUAAAUUAUUUUGUUUAAAGCAAUUCCUUAAAAUGUUUGUAUCUCAUUUAUUGAGUACUUUAAUGUGAUUAUUUUAGAAUUGUAAGCAAAAUAAAUGUGAUUGUUUUUAAAAA